AUAUAUAUAUAUAUAAGUGUGUGCCCAAUAUUAGCUCCAUAUUCUCUCUAUUCACACCAUUGAGAGGGCUGAAGUUACUCAGUUAGGUGAACGGCUGAGCAAGUAUGGAAGAUGGAGGUUUUGCCCCCAAUAUGAUGGCUGGUGAAGGUCUUCCGAAUAUGGUAGGUAAUGUUUUCCCCCCUAUAACCCCAACUCUACUCCCAAGAGAUGCUCUCCCGAAUAUAACCCCAACUCUACUCCCAAGUGAUGGUUUUCCCCCUAUAACCCCAACUCUACUCCCCCUACUCCCAAGUGAUGGUUUUCCCCCUAUAACCCCGACUCUACUCCCAAGUGAUGUUCUUCCGAAUUUAACCCCAGCUCUACUCCCAAGAGAUGUUCUCCCGACUAUAAGCCCAGUUGUAGUCCCAACCACAAUAGUUCGUGAAGUUCUCACAGAAGGUAACUAUGCUUAUUGGAGAACUUGUAUAAGACGUUAUUUGAAGGGUCAAGGUCUAUGGGAUGUUUGCAAGAAGAGCUGCUUCAUUCCUCAUAAAGCACAAGAUCCAGAAAGAUAUUCAGUUUGGAAGAGGAAGAAUGACAUGGCUUUACAUGCUAUUCAAAUUUCAUGCAGUCGAGAGAUGCUUUCUCAGAUUAGGGAUGAAACUCGUGCAAGUGAGGCGUGGGACUUUUUGAAGCGAAUUGCCAACCCAACCCUCGACCUCGACAGAGAAAUAAUUGGCUUCGAAGAACUCUCACCUGAUGCCUCAGCUCCAGCUGGGACCGCUCACAUUUUCUCUCAGUAUGCGGGCUUAAUCAAGGCAUUGGACGGUGGUAACUGGAACGCUAUCGAAGACUCCCUUAGGUCAAAUCCGGAUCUAGUGAGGGCAAAAAUCACACCGACAGGGUUGACCCCGCUUCAUAUCGCAGCUCUUGCUGGACAUGUCAGGGUUGUGGAGAAGUUGGUGGACAAACUGAAGCCAGAAGACUUGGGACAAAAAGAGGAUCUGCUAGGGUACACGCCACUUGCUUUGGCUGCAUCAGAUGGAAUCACAGAAAUAGCGCAGUGCAUGCUUACAAAGAACAGGACAUUGGCCGGCAUUUCAGAUGGGGAUGAAAUGCUCCCAGUUGUGAUUGCUUGUAACCGAGGGAAAAAAGAAAUGACACGUUUUCUCUACUCUCACACUCCGCAAGAGAAGCUAGCUCCAGGACAAGGCAAAAAUGGUGCAUCGCUUCUUAGUAAUUGUAUUGCUUCCCAAAUCUUGGAUGUUGCUUUGGAUAUCCUCAAGAAGCACCCACGCUUGGCUAUUUCUUUGGACAUGGAACGCAUAAUCCCCAUCUUUGUACUUGGUCAAAUGCCUUCUUUGUUCAAGAGUGGCAGUCAGCUUUGGUUUUGGCAGCGCUGGAUAUACUCAUGCAUACCUGUAAAAGUAGAUCAUGCCUCCGAUCAGAUUCAAGUAAACGUCGCUGAUGACACCCAACAUUCACGAGAUGUCAAGAACAAUACUGCAAAAGUACUGAGACACUUGUAUGGCCCGGUUUCCUAUCUGCUACAGCUUCUUGGAAUCAAGAAUAUAUAUGCCAAAAAGCUGAGGCAUGCUCAAGCCACUGAACUGCUGCAAUGCAUUUGUAAUGAAAUACAAAAGGUGAAUGUUGAGGGGACAUUGGGGCUUCGAUUGCACCACACAGUCAUCCAGGCUGUCAAGCAAGGGAAUGUUGACUUUGCCACAGAGAUGAUUAAAUAUACUCCUCAGUUAGUGCAGAAAACUGAUAUCAAUGACAGAAACAUAUUUUUCAUUGCAAUUUUAAAUCGCCAAGAAAAGAUUUUCAGCCUUUUACAUGGGCUUAAUAAUGUAAAGAAGAUGAAAAUGACAUCUAAUGUAGAUAGGUUCGGCAACAACAUGCUACAUUUGGCUGCAAUGUUAGCACCUGCGAAUCAGCUUGAUGGCAUCUCAGGUGCAGCCCUGCAGAUGCAAAGGGAACUACAAUGGUUUAAGGAGGUGGAAAGCAUUGUGCCGCCAAUAUGCAAGGACCUUGUAAACGCAGAUGGAAAAAGGCCCAGUGAGUUGUUCACUGAGCAGCAUGCAAACUUGGUGAAAGAAGGGGAGAAAUGGAUGAAGGAUAUAGCAGCAUCUAGCUCAUUUGUAGCUGCACUCAUUGUUACCAUUAUGUUUGCUGCAGCCUUUACUAUUCCUGGUGGUAACGAUGAUACAGGCGCUCCCAUAUUCUUAGGGAAUGACUUGUUCAUGGUCUUCAUAAUAUCUGAUUCCAUCUCACUCUUUUCUGCUACUACUUCAGUGUUGAUGUUCUUGGGAAUCCUGACCUCACAAUAUGCAGAAAACAAAUUCCUCACACGGUUGCCCACAAAACUGAUAAUUGGCCUUUCCACCCUUUUCUUCUCUAUUGCAACCAUGAUGAUAGCUUUCUGUGCUGCCCUUGCUAUUUUGCUGAAGGGACGAUCAACCAAGGUGGUUAUUAUUCCGAUCAUUUUACUUGCCUGUGUUCCAGUCACCCUCUUCGUACUACUGCAAUUUCCCCUUCUUGUUGAGAUUUUCAUUUCCACGUAUGGACCAGGCAUCUUCAACCGGAAAAUAGAGCGUUGGUACUAGGUAUGUCCCUUCAACAUGUUAUGAAUUAGUGCGUGUCGUGUAAUAAUCCCUUUAGUACGUACUAUAUCUAUUGAUGCCUAUAUGGUUCUAUUUUAUCUCACUUUGAUGCUUUCAUUA